AGGAGCUUUUUUAAAGCUUGAUUUUUAAAGCUUGGGUUUUUUUUUCUUUUUUAUUCCUACGCACCCAUCAUCUUUCGUUAAGAAGGGAUUUCUCUUCCUCUAAGUUGCGGUGUAGACGCAGGGGGGUGUUGAAAGUUUAGUUCACGUGUUUUGCAUGCAACGCCUACCUUCUCUGGCUUAAUCUCUCCCGGCUUCAUUCCAGACUCCGAACUGUGCAGUGUAAGUAAGUAAUGAGAGUUGUGUUCCUUGAAAAUGGAUCUGCCUUCUCAUGCCUCACCAGCAAGCAUUAUAGAAACAAUUGCUUUCCAACUAACAUGCAGUCCGGUAGAUAAGAAAGUCGCUCUGCACUUAGAUGAAGAAGAUGAGCUAAAACACCUUCGCGAAUGUUUCUACAUUCCCAAAAUGAUGGAUCUGCCUCCAACCAAUCCAACUUUAGUGAAGGAGGAUGAAAACUGCAUCUACCUUGCUGGACACUCUCUUGGUCUUCAGCCAAAGAAAAUUAAAACUUAUUUGGAUGAAGAACUUGACAAGUGGGCUAAAGUAGGUGUCUAUGGUCAUUUCAGUGGUAAACGUCCUUGGGCCUUAGGAGACGAGUGCAUUGUUGAGCUUAUGGCUGAGAUUGUGGGGGCUCGUAAUGAGGAGGUAGCAUUAAUGAAUGGUUUGACAGUUAAUCUACAUCUCCUAAUGUUGACAUUUUUUAAGCCUACGUUCUAUCGCCAUAAAAUCCUUUUAGAAGCCAAAGCAUUUCCUUCUGAUCAUUAUGCUGUUGAGUCCCAGCUCCAGUUUCAUGGGCUUGAUAGGGAGAAGAGUAUGCUUAUGAUUCAACCACGAAAGGGAGAAGAAACCUUGAGAACUGAAGAUAUCCUUGAUAUAAUUGAGAAGGAAGGAGACACAAUUGCUGUAAUUCUUUUCAGUGGGGUGCAGUACUACACUGGGCAGCUGUUUGACAUACCAAGGAUAACAAAAGCUGGUCAAACCAAGGGCUGCUUUGUUGGAUUUGACCUGGCCCAUGCUGUUGGCAAUGUAGAACUACAUUUACAUGAGUGGGGAGUUGACUUCGCUUGCUGGUGUUCUUACAAGUAUCUGAAUUCUGGAGCUGGGGGUCUAGCCGGUGCUUACAUUCAUGAGAAACAUUCCAAGACUAUGAAACCAGCUUUAAUAGGAUGGUGGGGUCAUGACUACAAAACCAGGUUUCUCAUGGAAAACAAAUUGCAACUCAGCCCUGGAAUCAAUGGAUUUCGUUUAUCCAAUCCUUCAAUCUUAAUGGUCUGUGCUCUUCACGCUAGCUUAGAGAUCUUUGCUCAAACUACAAUGAAGUGCCUGAGAAGGAAAUCCAUGCUUCUUACUGGUUACUUGGAGUACCUGAUAAAGCACUAUUAUGGCAAAGAUAAAAAUUACCCCGAGAAGCCCCUUAUAAAACUGAUCACACCAUCCCACCCUGAAAAAAGAGGAUGCCAACUCACCUUACUUUUCUCUGUUCCAGUCAGAGAUGUUUUUAAAGAACUGGAAAAACGAGGAGUCGCUGCGUUCAAUUUGUGGAAUGUUUAUCUGGGUGUUUUGCAGUGCGACAUGCGGGAACCUGAUGCUCUCCGGGUUGCCCCAGUUCCUCUCUACAAUACUUUCCAGGAUGUGCACAACUUCGUUGAAGUCCUAGGAUCUGCAAUUGCAGCUGCAAAGCAGACAGCCAAUUCAAAGUCGCUUUCCUGAUCUUAUUGAUGACAUAACUGUAUCUUUAUUCUCUUCUCCUGACCAAAUGCAUCGGAGAUUUCGAACAUGUUUCGGGGUGUGGGUGGGAUUUCUUCCAGAUUGGGCCAUAUUCUACUACUUUACUUCCAAAGAUUAAUUCACUAAUUAAUUGGAUUGUAAUGUGCUUUUUAUUAAAACUCAUGCUUU